AUGGCGCCGCCGCCUCCGCCGCCGCCGCCGCCGCCGCCGCCCCGCCGCCGCUUCCGCGCCGGGGGCCCGGGGCCGCCGCCAACCGCUGCCGCCGGCCGUGCGGGUCUCCGUCGUGCCGGCCGCGGGGCCGGCGCCCGCCGCCCGGCCCUCGCUCCGCCCGGGCCUCGCUCCGCCGCGGCCCGGCGGCUCCGAGCGCGGCCGGCGGGGAAGGAGGCCGCGGGCUGUGCGCGGCGGUGGCGGCGGCGGCGGCGGCGGCGGCAGGAACUGAUGUCAGUCAGGCGGGGCGGCGCCAGGGCCGGCGGGACCCGAGCGCCGCCAUGCCGCGUCCGCGCCGAGGCUCCGGGCCCGGGACCCAAACGGACCUGGGCGCGGUGGACCCCGGGGCCCUCGGAGACCCCGGGAAUCCCCACAGUCCGCGCCCCUCAGAGACACUGGGGACGAACACGGACCCCGGAACCCUCGGAAGCCCCCGGACCAGGCCUGACACACUCGGUGUCCACCGCCCAAGCACUCCUCAGAGCUCCUGGCGCUCCCCACCCGGCGACCAGGACACACGCACGGACGCCCAGGAUGCGAAGCCCCGCCCCCGCCAGCCAGAGGACCCCUCUCAGUCCACGGGGCCCACCUGGCCACCUCCCGGCCCCUCACUGUGCAGGCCAGGCGCCCGGAUGUGAGCAGCCUAGAGUGCCAGAACCCCCACCUGACCUGCCUCCAGAGCCCACCUCCUCCUCCAGGCCACUCGUGCCCUUUCAGCUGGCCAUUCCAACCCUAAACUUUAGGCCACUGCAGGUCCAAGUCCACGGUGGCCUUCCUGGCUUCCAAAACACACACUCUAUCCUUCACCUUCAGAGCUAA